UAUCUUUCUAAGGUCUCCAAGAAUCUUGCAUUUUCUUGCCAAAGUCUUCAAGGAUCCUGCAUUUUCUUGCUAAGAUCUAGGAUCGUGCAUUUUCCUGUCAAAAUCUUCGAGGUUCUUGUCUUGAUCUUCAAGGAUCUUCAAAAGAUCUUGUUGAGAAUUUCAAAGAUCCUUAAAAGAUCUUGAUAAGAAAAUAAAAGAUCCUUGAAGAUCUUUAUAAGAAAAUAGAAGAUCAUUAAAGAUCUUGGAAAGAAAAUGAAAGAUCCUUCAAGAUCUUAACAAGAAUGAUAGAGAUCCUCAAAGAUUUCUAAAAGAUCUUUAUGAGAAGAGAUCCUUGAAGAUCUUGGCAAGAGAAUAAAAGAUCCUUAAAGAUCUUGGCAACAGCAGAGCAGAAGAUCCCUGACAAUCUUGGCAAGGAAAUAAGAGAUCCUUUAAGAUGUUUGCAAGAAAACAAGAGAUCCUUGAAGAUCUUGGAAAUGGCUGCAGAUAAAGUAGGAUUUUUAUUUGCACGCAAAGAAACCAUGGCUGAAAUCGAAAAAAUGGUUGAGAAGUUCCCACCAUUGCUUCAGAGGACCUUUAUCAGUACUGAGAGUGAAGGAAAAGUUGCAAAUGGGGAAACUUCUGAAUUCCGUGUGCUUCAGUGGAAUGUCCUUGCUGAUGCAUUGAGCACUUCAAGUCCAACUGAUAACUUCAUCAAGUGUCCACCUGAAGCUCUCCUAUGGUCAAAACGAAAGCUACGAACACUGCAAGGAAUUUUGAUGUACGAUCCAGACAUCAUAGCUCUAGAGGAAGUUGACCAUUUUCAAGAUUUUUUCUUGCCUUCACUUCAAAAACUUGGAUACGAAGGACUGUUUGUGGCUAAAAGGGAUUCUCCCUGCCUCAAGUUUGCAAAUAACUCAGGACCAGAUGGCUGCGCUUUGUUUUAUGAUCGAGAGAGAUUCUCUCUUAAGAAUCACAGAGAUGUCUCACUUAAGGAUUCUAAUGGAGAAAUCACCAAUCAAGUUGCAUUGAUUUUGAACUUAUUUGAUAAAAUUCAAGGCAAAACUCUUUGUGUUGCAGUCACUCAUUUGAAAGCCAAAGAGGGUUAUGAAGAUUUGCGACUGAGCCAAGGAAAAAGUCUUUUGCAAUCAGUUUCUGAAUGUGUUAGUGAGGAUAAGGCUGCAAUAGUUCUUGGAGAUUUUAAUGCAGAGCCAUCAGAGCCAGUCUGUGAACUGAUGGAGGACAAUCAAUACUUGAGCCUGAAAAAUGCGUAUGUUACUGCCACAGGCAGGAACCCUGAGUCCACAACAUGGAAGAUUCGCCCAGGUAAAGAAGUGAAACAUUCUAUUGACUAUGUAUGGUACUCUGACAACCUUAAUGUUACAGGAUGUCUAGAAUUUCCAGAAAGUGAUAGCAUUCCUGAGGAACGCUGUCCUAGUUUACAUUAUCCAUCUGAUCAUUUUUCUUUAGUGUUCGACUUUUGCUGGGGAUGAAAUUUCACAUAAUUUAUAAUUACAUGAUAUUGUAAAUUUUGUAGUUGAUUGAGUUGUAAAGAUAAUGGUGACAUGAUGUUAGCAUUUCAUUCUUGGGUAAAGAACUUGCCUAAACAAACACUUUAGCAUAGUUUGAAUCACUGUGUAACUUAAUGAAUGGUGACAGUUACCAAAGAAAUACCACUACACACAGCAAACAUUCAGUGAUACUAAUGUUUGAGACAACAUUGAAAUGUUGAAUCAUUUUAGUUGAAUUAUUUAUGUUCUUAAUCGCAGAUUUUAAUGUUAGACCCAAGACAAAGGAAAUUCAUAAUUAUCAAGGUGGUUUAAGAAGAACUUGAACCACAAGGGAGAAUUUGAACAAAACAUACCACCUAUAUAGGGUUAAUGUUAAAUCUCUCAUUUGGUUAUGGAAGGUUACUUUUUUCAUUUUGCUUCAUAUUUAGAUAAACCCCCACCAAACACUACAAACAUAUUUUAAAGGAGAAUAAAGAGGACCAAGUGUAACUGAAAUUUUAUGAUAGCUAGAUGCCUUUUGAAAAUGAGCUUCAGUUUUUUUCACAUUCACUAUCACAUCUUCAAGACAAGGAUGGGGGUUAAACAUACCCAAUAACGUAAUCCCCAUAGCCACGCCCAUUUAAGGGAAGAUGAUGGUACAAAGGAAAAAUAAAGGACGAAUUGGUGCCAUUGAGA